GCAAGAAGAGCCACGGCAUGCGCGACGCCUUCCGCACCAACAUACUCAUGCACAUACUCGAGUUUGUACAGGACGAUACCGAGACGGAGCUCCUAUUCGACACGUCCCUCCGGCAGCACGAGCGGCGCUAUAUCACCAACAUCGUGCACUCCGUGGUCAACGACGAAGCCCUGCACGCGCUCACCUCCACCGCGCAGUACGAGCUCGCCCGGGACAUACACAAGUGCAACAAAUACUUGCUGGAGUGCGCUCAAGGAGACAACCACCAACUAGGCAUCUACAAGGAGGCCCCAGAAGACGUCUACCUCGUCACCCCGGACGACUUUCUAUCCAAAGACUCAGACAGCGACAAAAAUGUCACCAUCGACGAAAAUGUCACCCACGAGACAAGUGACAAAAUCAACGGAGAUAUGGAGGACGACGAAAAUCCUUUUCUUAAGAGCAUUAAAAAAAGUAUAAAGAAAUACGAUGAACCGAAGUUGAGUAAUAAGUUUGAGACGGAUUGUGUGAUAGCGAAGGAGAGUGACCCUAAAGUGGAGGGCGGUAAGGGUGAUAUUCCGGUGACGGCUGCCGAUAAGAUGUUGGAGUUCUUUUUGGAGUUUGCUGAGACGGAGACUUAUAAGGAGAUGCGCUUCCUCGGGACAUUCGCGGACGCGCAAUCGUCAGCCAUCCACGGGGUCCUGAACGACGUGUCGGCCUGGGCGCUCGGCAGCUUCCGCGGCCACGAGCUGGUCGCCAGGGCGCUACGGGCCGCUACCUUCAAGAUACGGGACGGCGCCAACGGGACACCUGAGUAA